UUCGCGGUUGCGCCAACUGUUAGAGGAUGUAGCUAGCAGUCAGUGUAGAUGUUUUUCCACAACAAUAACAUGAACCAAAUUUGCAUUUCUCUACACCCAAUUUGACGAUUCCGCAUCCCUCGCGCUACCGAGUCCGUGGAUUGGAACUGUGCUGGCUCGAUCAGCCGCCUGGAUCUUUUGGUUUCAUCUUGUGUUGACAAUGGCAGCGGAGGGGUUUGCAGAGUUACUGGGAUCCUUUCUGCUGGAGCAGACACAGCUAUCAUGGCUUGCCAGCUAGGCCGCGGACGGAUUCUUUCGGCUGGCUAUUCCAGAGGAAGCCUCCUUUGUGGAAUUAAACCGUAGUCCUUAGAGACUCGCAAAUGGUUGACCAUUUCUCCUACAUUGUUUCUCUUUCAACAAGAUAGCAUACCGAGGCUGCUCGCUUCUCAACCUUGACUGCCGGACAUACUGCCUUCGUCGUUAGCUCCGUUAGCCUGCUAACGAUAGCUAACACGAUUUAAACCCCAUCCGUCGCACGGAUCGUUUGGAAAUAUACAUAAUUUGUGAGUUCGUCUCGCAUCAUCAAGGACAAGUUCCAAACCAGCGCCGUCGUUACAGAUUUGCAGCGUUUGCUUCUGGAUGAAUGUGGGACAAAAUGGAGACCCCGACAAUUGUGUACGAUUUAGACACCUCUGGGGGGUUAAUGGAGCAAAUUCAGACCCUGCUGGCACCACCAAAGUCGGAUGAGGUGGAGAAGAGGAGUCGGAAGUUGGUGAGGGACGUCCGGAGAAGUGGCAGGACCACCAACCAUGACACCUGCGAUAGCUGCCGGGAAGGUGGAGAUCUACUGUGUUGCGAUCACUGCCCCGCAGCCUUCCACCUCCAAUGCUGCAAUCCUCCACUGAGCGAAGAAAUGCUCCCCUCUGGUGAAUGGAUGUGUCAUCGUUGCAAUGUGAGGAAGAAGAAGAGGGAACAGAAGUCAGAGCAGACCAAUGGUCUUCUUGAAAGACAGACUAAGCGCUCAGCAUCGCCUGCAGUAGAGCUGGAACUCAAUGCAGGCCCACUGCGGCUGGAUGGCCUACCUCCCGGUGCUGGAGCUGCCGGGCCUGGCUUGCGAGUCGCUCAGGUACGACUGUUGGAUCGCAGGACCAGCAGCAGGCCAAGCAGCCGACCAGGCACACCCAACUCCAAUACAUCAUCCACUCCAACUCCCUCUGAAGACCAAAAUGACGGUGAGGAUGAACCAGCCGAAGGGGAUGAUGACAUCCAGGGCAUGGAUCAGGAAAGCACUGCACUCUCGGCUCCGACACCACGACUCCUUAAAAGACCAUUUCAGCUUCUCAUAGCAGCCGCCAUGGAGAGAAAUCCCACACAGUUCCAGCUGCCCACUGAGCUCACAUGUACAACUGCACUGCCGGGCAGUAGCAAACGAAGAAGAAAAGAGGAGUUACUUGGGAAACCGUUCAGGCGACCACAGCAUGAACUGGACACCAAUGGCCUGGUUCCACUUCCUGUCAAAGUCUGUUAUUCUUGCAACAGGAGUUGCAGGUUGGCCCCAUUAAUCCAAUGUGAUUACUGUCCUCUCCUCUUCCACAUGGACUGUCUCAACCCUCCUCUUACUGCUCUUCCAGCAGGCAAGUGGAUGUGUCCAAAUCACGGCGAACACUUGGUGCUGAACCAGAAAAGCCUGAGUCUGUCCAGUCGCUGUCAGCUCUUUGACCAGUUUCAGGACAGAAUGUCUCAGCAUGCAGUCAAGUUGGACUUCCUGAGACGAGUUCAUCGGUCAAACCCGCCAAAUCGGUUGCGUACUCACCAGCACAAAAAGAAAACGGUGAAGGUGCCUGAUGCCAUCAAGGCUCAGUAUAGGAAUCCCCCUCCCAAAGUAGGUCCUGCUCAGCUCCAUCAAAUUGAACUAGUAUGCCGUGGUGUACCUGAACAUCCACACUCAAAGCAUCUCACGAGUGAGGCUGAGCAACAGGAGUGGCUUCAGAAUGUCAUCGCCCUCCAGUGCAGCAUCAUGAGGCACUUGUCCACGAAGCCCAAAGCUCCAGCUCUGCUGUCCACGGCAGAGUGGAACACACUCUGUACCACAUUGGAGGAUGUAAAACCACCUACCUGUUUGGAAAGGACUUCUACCCCUAAACCCUGCAGUGAUUCAAAUGACUUUGAGGGGGACUCCUGUCAAUGCAGCACCAAACCCUGCCACAACUGCAGGAAACCUAAUGGGCCUGUUGCUGACGAAACUCAAGCCCUCAAAGCUAAUGGCCCUGUUGACUUCAACAAUGCAACAGAGCCCUGUAGGCAAAGACUGACACCCUUAGAAUCUGCGACGCUGUCUGAAAUGGCCAACCAUGUCGAUGCAGGAAUUGUUAAAGAGGAACCACUUAGUACCAUGGAGACCUGCACUCAAAAACUCUUCCCCUCUACUCCAUCUACCUGUCCUCAUCUGCACAGUAACCAGCAAAACAAUGGUGGUCAGAUCCAAGAUCUGACAACUGACAAGAACCCCCCCCACUCCAUUAGCUGCAGUGUUACCACAAGCACAGCACCAAUACAAAAGCAAGGACAUGUCUCAGUGGCUUCAGGUGUUGCUAACAGCAAGAGUCCAGAACUUUCUUAUUCCUCCUCCUCCAUCGCCAACUUGUCCAGCUGCAUGAAGGAGUACAUGGAUGAAGAUGGUGUGGUUGAGUUGGACAAAUUAGACGCAGAGAUGAUCAAGCUCUUGGCCUGGCAGAGGAUACAGCAGCUCUUCCCCUGCAAAACACCUGACACCCCACGUCCUCUUCCUCCUCAAGUUGCCACUGGUGAUCCCAAGACCCUUUCAACCCAUCCUGACAGUCAAAAGAAGGUGCAGGCUCGAGCGGUCUUUUACCCUCUGACAGGAAAAGGAGCAUCAGUCAACAUGUGUUACAGGACCCUGUACAUAGGAUCAGGAGCUGACAUGGAUGUGUGCCUUACAAACUAUGGUCACUGCAACUUUAUAUCUGGGAAACACGCAUGUAUUUUCUAUGAUGAGAACACCAAGCAUUACGAGUUGCUCAAUUACAGCGAGCACGGCACAACAGUGGACAAUGUUCUGUACUCCUGCGACUUCUCUGAGAAGGCCACAUCGUCUCCACCCAGUGGUCUGGUGGCUCGAGUGCAAGGAAUAAUCAGGCACAGUAAAAAAUGGAAAGAAGACGAGGGUACCAACCCUGCAGGGGUCUUAGCAGCUGGUGGGGUGAUGAGCAGUCAACCUCAUGGGGCCGCAGAGAUGACCUGCAGCUGCAAAGGCAGCAGUUCCAAUCUCAUCGGGGGCAGCGGGGCAGGCUGGGAGGGCACAGCUCUGCUCCACCACGGCAGUUACAUCAAACUGGGGUGCAUCCAGUUUGUCUUCAGCAUUACAGAAUUUGCCAGCAAGCAGCCCAAAGAGGAGGUGAGCAGCAUGCCAGCCACAGUCUCCGCUUUCACCCCCUCAACCAGCAACGUCAGCACGGCGCCUGUCGACACGCCUCCCUCGUCAAGCACUGCCAGCAACGUACCCAGCCAAGAAGAACCUGCCCCAAAACACCAAGUGUCUGUGUUACGAGUCGACUUGGUUCCAUAGCCAGUGUAGGGAGCCGUCACAGGCACACCCAAGCCCUUCUGGACUGGAGUUUUGCACCACAAACAGACACGCUGAAGGGAAAAGCUUGGCAGCUGGUCAACAGGGAAACCUUUUUUAAAAUGACAUUAUUUCUAAAUAUUUGCAUGAAGUUGAAGUAUCAUUGACAAUCUUGUUUUGACUGUCGCAACCUUGUGUUCACUCUCAAACCUGCUGUAGUCCAUGCUUAAGUUUUUUUGUUUUUUUUAUUUUAGUCCGCCAUCAUCUAUGGUGCACUGUUACUCUGCCAGUCUGCCAUUUACCACCAAACUUUUCUGUAGUAUUAUGUAUCUCUCAUUUCUUUUGCUGCUUUUGCACCACUAGUAGCUAUGAAUUUGACAUGUACAUGCUUCUACACUAUAUAUGUAUAUACUGUGUAAAUAAGUCCAAUUUGGUGCCUCUUAUUUGGAGAAACAUUGGAUUCCAUGUAGAUAUGCCAUUUUUUGGGGGGUCUCUAAUUGUACAGCUCCUGAAUUUUGUGAUACAGUGUAGAGUAAGUUUUGUGAUAAAACUUGUCAUUGCUGUGUCAGCUGGCUUUUGUUCAUCUGUAAAUAUCGUGUUGUUUAGCAUCAUUUUAACGUCGCUCUUGUAUAUAAGCACUCUUUGUCUGUACCUGCCUCUCUGUUCAAACAUGUAAAUACAAAAAAGAUUUUCUACGUACAAACUCUGAUUGCCUCGUCCCGGUGUUGUUUUCCUUGCCAGCGCUCCCACCCUCUGAUGAACAUUAGUUGACAGGCAACAUGGCAGCCUUUUUUAAAUAAGCCAAGCUGCAUAAUCUGAAAUCUGAUCCAGUGCCUACAUCACACAAGAAGAUUGCAGACAUGAGUGAAUUCACUCCGAACCACAUUUGUGGUGUGUUUCUCAGAAAGUUUUGGAAUGAAACAGAGUUUGAACACUUGCCCUGGGUCAAAAAGACAAGGGAGGUUGACUGACUCAGAUUCUGGAGUAUUCAUGAUCUGAUCCUCAUACUGGACUGAUGGCUUUAGCAAUGCCAGCAACGUGGUGAGG